AACCCCGCCCCAUACCGCCAGGCCCUGCCGGCGCCCUGCGGAGCGACCCAGCCAGUAGAUUCCAGCCUGUAGUUAAUGCACAACACGGGCUCAAGCGCCUUUUCGGGAGCGGACCCAGAAUCGGAGCCCCGGACGCUGGGACAGGCCGCCCGUCGACCUCCCCCGCCACGCGCGGGCCACGACUCCCCCCGCAGGACCCGCCCACCGGCCCGGGGACGCCCGAGCGGCGCCGCCCCGAAGCCAAUGCCCACCCGGGAGCCGCGCCAGACGCGCGGCUCCCGGGGGGACCUACAGGCCCGCCCACCUGGCCCUGGUCCCCCGCGACUGGUGCCUCGAGGCCUCACGUCCAGCGCGCCCCGCCCACUGUGCCAGGCCCAGUCCGGAGCGCACAGGGCAAGGCCCAAGAAGAUUGUAUUUGAGGACGAGCUUCCCUCCCUGCCUCUGCUGGGCACCAAGAAGUCUAUUGGAGCCGACCCUGGGGGGCAUAUCCCUAGGCCCCAUCCCCAUACCGUGCCUGACUAUGAACUUAAGUACCCAACAGUGAACAGUGAGAAGGAUCGGAGCCGCUAUGCUGCAGUGUUCCAGGACCAGUACACGGAGUUCUUGGAGCUCCAGCAGGAGGUGGGCUCUGCACAGGCAAAGCUCCAGCAGCUGGAGGCCUUGCUGAACUCACUACCCCCACCCCGAAGCCAGAAGGAGGCCCAUGUUGCCGCCCGUGUCUGGAGGGAAUUUGAGAAGAAGCAGAUGGACCCCAGCUUCCUGGAUAAGCAGGCUCGCUGCCACUACCUGAAGGGCAAACUAAGGCACCUCAAGACACAGAUCCAGAAGUUCGAUGACCAAGGAGACAGCGAGAGCUCUGUGUACUUCUGAGUAUCCUGACACAGGCAGGGGGAAACAUCGAGGUGGGAGGUCCCACCCUGCCCACACUCCUCUUCUUACCUCGUGGUGUUAGCUCUUCCCGCUCCCCUACCUGGGGUAGCCUUCCCUGAUUUCAAAUGCCUCCGCCUUUGAGGCCCAGAUCUGAUGGCCCUCCUCAAGGAAGGCUUUCCAGAACCUCUUCUGGGACCCCAUGGGGACCCAAGAUCUCAGCCCACCCACUGGAAGCAGGUCCUGCUUCCAUCUCAGCAGAAUAAACACUUAUUAAAUA